AUGAAACUAAUUUCCACAAUAUUUUUUAAUUUAAUACUGAUAAACGCUGCAAUUAAUACUGAAAAUGGUUACUGUGUAUCAAAGGACUCUUGUGCGGAAACAAAAAAUACAUCUUCCGACAAAAAAUGGUUAUUCUACGACGUUAAUCCACCCGAAGGGUUUAAUUUGCGACGAGACGUGUACAUGAGAUUCGCUAUAUUACUCUCCAACGAACAGAAACGAGGUAAACUGAAAGAGUUCGGAUUAGUUCUACCGCCUUGGUAUAAGCUGUACCAUUGGAAAACCACAAAAAAGAGAGAACCAAUUCCCUGGGGAAAUUUUUUCGAUAUAGAAAGCUUAAAAUCAUUCGCGCCUGUCGUUGAGUUGUACGAGAUAUUCGAAAAAUCUCUACAAAAGCAAUUGAUAAUAGAUACGAUUUACGUGUUGCAAAACUACGACAAUCCCUUCGAAAAUGGCCUUUUCGAAGACAAAUGGGAGGUACAGGAGGAAUGUCCGUACGUGCCACAGUACUGGGGCUACGGAAACAUAACGGCCAACGAGAUAAUCUGUGUUAAAUUUCAAGGAAAAAUUUCCAUGCUACCGGAACUUUUUCAAUUACACCGUAAUGACAAAUUCAUAAUGGUGGCCCACGGUGAAAUACCUCUACACGAUAAUUAUGGCGACCGAAAAUACUGGAAAUGCAGGAAAAGUAUGAAAUUCAAUAAGAAACUAACAGAAAUUGCUUUUAAUUACAUUAAAGAAAAAUUAAAUUGUGAUACAGAGCUGUGCAAAAACUAUUUAGGCGUGCACUGGAGGAGACAGGAUUUUGCUAAAUACAGGAGCAAAGACGUACCAACAACGUCUGGAACGGUCAAGCAAAUCCAAAACAUAAUGCAAAACAAACUUCCUCAUGUGCAAACAGUUUUCAUAGCUACAGACGCAUCGGCCAAAGAAAGAGAAAUACUCCAGAAUAAUCUAGAAACUUUAGGUUAUAACGUACAUUAUUAUGUACCUAAUAUAGCUGAAGUUACCGAAUUUGAUGAUGGUACUAUUGCGAUAUUAGAACAAAUAAUUUGUUCACAUGCUGCCUUCUUUGUGGGCACACAUGAAAGUACCUUUACAUUCCGAAUACAAGAGGAAAGGGAGUUAUUAGGGUUUCCUAGUGAUACUACGUUCAAUAGGCUGUGCCCCGACAAAGGCAAUUGCGAAAAGCCAUCCCGUUGGACUGUAGUGAAUUAA